GUUGCAGCAGGAGAGAAGAUUCCCCUAAGGCAGGAAGAGAUUCUGCUCCGAGGCCAUGCAUUUGAAGCUAGAAUAUAUGCUGAAGACCCUAAUAAUAACUUUAUGCCAGGGGCUGGGCCAUUGUUGCACUUAUCCACCCCACCACCUGAUAGUUUCACCAGGAUAGAAACUGGAGUCAGACAAGGUGAUGAGGUUUCUGUUCAUUACGAUCCAAUGAUUGCAAAGCUGGUUGUUUGGGCUGAGGAUCGUCAAGCAGCACUGAGAAAGCUGCGAUACAGUUUGCAUCAAUAUAAUAUUGUAGGAUUAAGCACUAAUAUUGAUUUCUUACUGAGCCUGUCAGGACACCCACAGUUUGAGGCUGGAAAUGUGCACACUAAUUUCAUUCCUCAACACCAUGAUGAACUGUUUCCAACUAAAAAGGCAACCCCAUAUGAAGUUAUGUGUCAGGCAGCUCUAGGACUCAUACUGAAAGAGAAAAUGCUAACAGAUGCUUUUAGAGAUCAUUCAGAUGAUAAAUUCUCACCAUUUGCAUCCAGCACUGGUAGAAGAAUAAAUAUACGUUAUACUAGAAAACUGUCUCUGCUGGAUGGGGAAAACAUUGUGGAUGUAGCUGUAAGUUACAAUCAAGAAGGGUCAUACAACAUGCAGAUUCAAGAUAAAACGUUCCUGAUUUCUGGAGAGAUCUUCAACGAAGGUGAUUCAGUUUACUUGAGGUCUUCAGUAAAUGGAACAGUGUGUAAGUCCAAAUUGGUCAUUUUGGACAACACCAUUUAUCUCUUCUUUCCGGAAGGUAGCGCUCAAAUUGGCCUUCCUGUACCCAAGUACUUAUCUGCAGUGAGUUCGGUGGGAAUGCAAAGCGGUGCUGUAGCGCCCAUGACAGGCACAGUUGAAAAGGUGUUUGUGAAAGCAGGGGAUAAGGUUCAGAUUGGAGACCCUCUGAUGGUUAUGAUAGCUAUGAAAAUGGAGCAUACCAUAAGGGCUCCAAAGGCAGCAGUGAUAAAAAAGGUUAACUUCCAAGAAGGUGCCCAGGCCAAUAGACACGCUCCGCUAGUUGAAUUUGUGGAUGAAGAGGCCGAGUCAAAAUAAAAUUCAAAGAAGGUGCAUUUUAUUUUUUCUACUGUGCUGAUUUUCUCUCAGGAGAAGAUUUCUUCAUAUUUUCAGCAAACUGUUUUGUAUAAUAGAUUGGGGAAUUGGUUUCCUCUGCACUUCCUGCAUAGUUUGACUGUAAAUUAUGCUGACUUUACUGAAUUUGGAUAUCACUAUACUGUGAUUGUAUAUAUAACUCGUGGACCUACGUGAUUGUUGUUCAGUGGUUAUGUUUGCUUGUGAAAAGGCAUUAGACUGGAAA